AUGCGAAUUGACUCUUUGCUGUCGCCGACUUCGAAGAGCUGUCAGGCCACAGGCACGCUGAUACCAGUGUUCCAAGAAUUAUUGGUGCUUGUAUGGGCAGGAUUUUUGGCACUCAGAACGUAUGCAGUGGGCAGUGGCGCCUGGAAAUCUGCUGCCAUUGUUUUCGCCUUAAGCAUGGUACCCGCUGGAACAGACCUGUACGUUGAUAUCAAGACGAAUUCUUACACUCACGUCGUGCUGCCCUCCUUUGGAAAUGCAUGUUGGAAUACAUCUUACCUCUCCGGAAACCUCGGGAAGAUACUCGUCAUUGUAACCCGCACCUCCCUGAUCGCUGCUGAUCUUGUUGUACUGUUCGUCACCUGGUCCAGCACUUACAGAAUCAAGAGGGAAGCUGACCGAGUAAAUAUGGAGGCCUCGCUGUCCACGCUUUUGUUACGAGAUGGUACCAUAUAUUUCGUUUUACUAGUACUCCUCAACAUCGCACACAUGACGUGUUAUUUGCUUAGUGUUUGGCUCGAUGUGUCUUUUUUUGUGAAUUCGUUUUCGGCCGUCAUAAUCUCCCGCUUCCUCUUGAACCUGCGGCAAAUCAAUCAACCCGAUGACAACGAAGUAGACAACCCUCGUCCAUCGUUCGUAGCUUCACAUGCCUCGAACUUGGGAUUUGCUUCUUUUGUUGGAAAUAUGGGGGAACAGCUGGACUUCAACGCCUCCGUGGACAUAGCGAGUGCGGACCGUCUAGACUUCGAGGAAGGGGAACUCAAUUGCCCGAGUGACAUCUCGGAGCAUGGAACCCAUGAUGAGCUGAAAGACAUGCAUGUAGACGUCGAGCUAGUUUCUGCGGGGCCCUCUCGCUGUUGA